CGCAAAAGAGAAAAUUUUGUCAUUUGUAAAGACAGUCUCCAAGUCCAAACAAAGUGACUAACAUCAAAGUCAAAUAUGUUUAACAAUCAACUAAGUGCCAAGGAGCUCUACAGCACCAAUCCAGCUCAGUUUCUGCAGCGAUCUGGGUUCAGAAGUGACCAAGAGGAUUCAGCUUUUAAUUCCAGUCAGACUCUGAGUCAAAGUAACUCUCAGAUCAAUUCCCAGAUGGAGAAUUCACAAUCCAGUUCCUUCGACAUGUUCUCACAGAUGAUGAUGUCGCAGGGUGUUUCACAGCAGACAGAGAGUGCAAACAACCCACAAAAGUUCUACAUGAAGUACAUGUCCAAGGCACCGCUCUUCAACAAAGAAUCUGACAGAAAUAUUCAGCCAAGAAAAAGAAGUUUCCAAGAGCGAUUAGAGAAUAAUAAACAGAAAGCAAAGGAAAGAGAUGACAGGGACCUGAUAAACACCUUUGUUACGCUUGUCAAAGAUUGCACUGAGGAAGUCAGAUCCGCUGCUACGGACAUCAGAAAGAAUGUUGAUAAAAAUAUCUCCGAUACAGCCAGUCAGUUCGGCGAUCUUAUUCAGAAAAUAAAUGAAGAUCUGAAAAGUUACCAUGUGAAGUUAUUGGGUGCAAUGAAGAUCACAGAAGACCAGCAGGCCACACUUACAGACCUGCUUCAAAACAUUGCUGCUAAAGAUGCCAAGAUUGAGGUUCUUGAGAUGCAACUGGAAACUGCCAAGAAAGAGCGUGACGAGCGUGUCGUACACUCUCUCAUGGAGGUGUACACAGAACAACAAAAGAUAAACAGAGAACACAUUGACAAGAUGCAAGAGGAACAACAGGCUUUCUGCAAGACACAGAUCCAACAGCUUCAACAGGAUCAACAUCAGAGAAGUCUCCAUAAUGAAGCCGGGUCAUCAGAGGUCAUCGACAAGAGGGUCCGAGGUCUGCAGUCAGGUCAAAGGUUAAUGGCAGCACCGAUUAUGGACGGCGACAAUCGACCACGCUCCUGGCAAGCCGUGGCUCAGUAUGAGCAGAGCGGAUGUCAGAUUCAGUCAGGAAGCAGACAUCAAGAGAGUAUGAUCAAUCAGAUUCAUCCAAGCUAUCAUCUGAUUGGUGGCGCUACUCGUCAGAUGGUUGAACCAACCCUCAACCAUGGUAGCAAUGUCAGGCUUCCACCAUGGCCAGCACAGCCAAGUCUCCAAAACAGAGAGUCUUACCCACAGUGUGGUCUUCCUUACACCUACAACCAACCAGCUGUGACUCAACCUAGGUUGCCAAUUUCAAAUCAAGGAGGUGGCAAUCUUGGCCCAGAUGGUAGACCAUCUGGAUUCCACUUUCAACAGCAACAUGAAGCUGUACCUCAUUUGAUGUCUCCGACAAGUUCAGCCACCACAUCUGGACGGUGGAAUGCGAACAAGGUGAGGCCAUCACCAAUUGCUGCUGUCGCUCCCCAAGUGAUGAAGCCUCAAGAAGCUGUUCUUCCCACACAAGAACAACAAACCAAUCAGGGUAAUGAGGCACCAGUCCUUCAAGCUCCUACAAGAAAGAAGAAAGUUAGGAAGCCAUACCAGGUUGCAGUAAAGUCCAAGAGGCAGUCAGCAAGAGUCAAAGCUAAGAAGCCUAAUCCUGACACAGCUAACCAGAUGAAGAAGAAGCCAGAAACUCAACCACGUAUCAAGACAAGAAACAGUCAAACAGUCUCUGAAGUCAACACUACAAAGCCUCUCCAGGACCCAGAGGCCUGCCACUGGUUGAAAGAGGAAGAUGUUUAUGAGUUUAUUGAACCUCCUCAAAAAACUCUUCCAGUGGUGAGAAAGAGAAAAGCACCAAAGGAGAAAAACCCACAGGAAAGGCAGAACAGCAGGAGUCAGCGAAAGGCUUCCACAAAGGUGUCGCAGAAUGAUAACAUCUAUUCACAGAAGAGAGUUACCAGUGCAAAGAGUCUGAGUGCCAGCUCCAUCAAAGCCCCGAAAGAAAAGUUAGUGAAGAGUCGACAGAAUCAGACGAAUAAGAAAUCAAAGGAAAUGCAAUGCAAAAGUAGCUCUGUAGCUGAGAUUCAGAGCACUUGGGCUGAAGACUUGAGACAGGGGUUGGUUUCUCGAGAUGAAUCUGAGAUGGAAGUGGUGACUAUCCAUCAGCCAGCUUCAAAACCAGUCAGAAGGAAGCAGGUGCAAAGAAAAAACAAACAAGCAUCCAAACAAACCAUCAAAGGAGUAACCUCAAUGAAUCCAGCUAAGCAGCCAUCAGCAGUGAGUCUAGACACUAUGCCAUCUUACUCGGAUCACGAAGACAGCUCUGAAGACAUGAUAUUCUCAUUGAAACUGCCCGAUUCACCUUGGUUUCAGAAGUCCAGUUCGAAGCAACAAUCCCAUAGGGAUGUCUUUGAGGAACAAGUUGUACCUACAAGAGGCUCAGAUAUCUGCAGUACUCCUUACAUCCAGAUAAUACAUGAUGAUGAGAGCAGUGAUGAGACGGUGGUUACCCGCAAGCCACUUUCCAUGAGUUUUGGGAGUAAAGUGAGCAGACAGCAAGAGAAGAAACGAUGCCUGAGUAACUCUUCAUCAGCCGCGAUGGCCGAGAUCAGCAACGCACUUCGACUACAACAAAGCAAGAUCAGAAAAAUCAAGACUUAUUAGUAUCAAAUGUUCUAAACUUACGAGUAAAACAUGUCACCUGAACAUAAACUGAUAGUCUCAUUUGGUCAAAACUUUAGCAAAUAAAUAGAUGACAAACUAUUGAAAUUAUGAAUCAUCAUUCUGCUAUAUUGCAUGCCUCUGCUUACAAUGGAAUUCUGCGCUUCAACCGAUAGAAUUGUUAGCUUGGGAGGGCGCCGUCAGCGCAGUAUUCGGCAGCAAGCAGAGACACUGUACAUUUUUGGGGAGGAAACUUUUAAAGUGUUGACAGUUACUAUAGCAGGCUGUUGCCAAGAUUAAAAACUUUAAAAUGUUAAGAGUUUCUUGAAUUUCAUUUUACAUUUGAAACUGUUUGUCUGCAUGAUUCAUUGUCAGCUGUUCACAUGUUUUGAGAACAGUUAGUAGGUGUAAUAACUAAAGGGAGUUCUUGUUUUAGAGUUCUAAUUUAUGUAAACAAUUGUUACUUUAUACAAAAUAAAAAGUAUUAUAUAACACCCAAGCAGAUCCUUGCCAUUUGAUUGGAGGAUUGUCCGUCA